AUGGACCCGCGGUCGUGGUUCCAAGAUUUGACUCCAUACUUCAUCUACACCCUCUUCGUAGCUACCCUUGGCCCACUGCUAUUUGGUUUCCACUUGUCCGAACUGAACGCCCCCGAGGAUGUUAUCCGCUGUAAGAAAGACUCGAUCGUCUCCGCAUCGGUCGGCCUCCCACAAUGCAUGAAGAUGGAUCCCACCCAGUGGGGUGUUGUUGGCUCGAUGUACACACUUGGAGGACUCAUUGGUGCUUUAUCUGCUGGACCUCUGGCCGGAAAUCACGGACGAUACAGGACAAUGCAGUUGACUACCAUUUUCUUCGCACUUGGGCCCGUCUUGGAAGCCCUGUCGCCCAACAUUGGAGUUCUAGCGUUUGGUAGACUGCUGUCCGGUGUAGGUGCUGGAGCUGCAGUGGUUGUGGUGCCCAUCUACAUCUCGGAGAUUGCACCACCUGCUGAGAAAGGAUUCUUUGGAGCAUUCACGCAGAUCAUGUGCAAUGUUGGCAUUCUCCUCACCCAGCUCCUCGGGUACUUCCUGAGCCACGGACAAUACUGGCGACUCAUCCUCGCAAUUGGCGGGUGCAUUGGUGUCGGCCAGAGCUUUGGUCUUCUCCUCACCGUCGAGAGCCCCAGGUUCCUUGCUGAGCAGGGCGAGACAAGCAAAGCGCGACGAAUUUUGCGCAAAUUGAGGGGCGAGAAAGCUGAUAUUGAUACGGAGAUUAGCAGCUGGGGAAUUGACAGCACGGAAGAAACCAGCGAUGAGGAGCAGACGUUGCUCAGGAACGAAGACCGCGAUAUAAAUGUAGCUGACGCCGCGACUACCAAACGCAGCCAGGAUAAGGAAGAUGCGCUCAGCAUCAUCCAGGUCUUCAAGCAUCCUGAUUACUCAAAGGCUGCGUUCGCCGUUAUCAUGGUCAUGUUGGCCCAGCAAUUGAGCGGAAUCAACAGCAUUGUCAUGUAUGGCGUAUCACUGUUAGCAGAUCUGUUGGAGUCCAACUCUGCCCUACUCAACCUGGCCGUUUCAGCCCUCAACAUCGUCGUGACUGCAGGGUGUGCUCCGCUGGCAGACAAGCUUGGUCGCAAGACUUGCCUUCUAUACUCUCUUGCAGGAAUGGGCACCAGUUCACUACUUCUGGCUGUUGGCAUUAUGAGAUCUAUCAGCGUUCUUUCAGCGAUUGCAGUUCUGCUCUUCGUAUCCAGCUUCGCAGUUGGCCUUGGGCCAGUGCCUUUCAUCCUCUCUAGCGAAUUGGUUGGCGCAGAUGCUGUGGGUGCAACUCAGAGCAUAGCACUCGCUGCCAAUUGGAUAGCUACGUUCCUUGUCGCUCAAUUCUUCCCAUUGGCCAGCGCAGUCUUGCACGGAAAGGUCUAUUUCAUCUUCGCGGCAUUGUCUGCUUUCUUUUUCCUAUUCAUCUCGUGGUAUGUCCCUGAGACCAAGGGGAAGAAGACGCCGGACGAGGUUUGGGGAAGGGAGCGACGUCACGCCUCUCCCGCCCUCCCACCCCUCGCAUCCCCACAACCCUCCAGUCCCACACGAGAAGACGGCUUCGAACUCCCAGCAUCCUCAACUCACGAUUCCCCCAACCGAAAUGUACAGAAGAAGAACGCAAUCGCCAACCGGGCGAUCCAGCAGCACCACGGGCUACCCCCGUCCCUAAUAUCCCCCGCCUUCACACCGCCCGCAACACCAGGCCUCACGACGCCCUCGCACCCACGGCCGCCCCGCUCCGUCCCCGUCGACACCUCCAAGUCGCCCGACACGCCCGCCCCAGAACUCGUGCAGACGCUCCCGAUCGUCGAGUGCGAGGUGCGCGCCCGCAUCCCCACGACCACCGGCCACGAGAUGUGGCUGCACGUCUACCGCAACAACGUCGACACCAAGGAGCACCUCGCCAUUGUGUUCGGCAACCAGAUCCGGUCGCGCAGCCUCGACGCCGAGCGGCCCGGCGAGACGGAGCUGGACCGCAUGACGAGGGGCGCGUACGUGGGCAGGCUGUAUCCGGGGCGGACGAGCUCGCGCGUCGAGCAGCUUAAGCGGGCGGAGCUCGGCGGGGGUUUGAAGCCCAAAUCGGCGACGGCGGCGGCGGCGGCGAAAUCAGACCUCGCGGUGGUGCUCGAAAAGCAGCAGGACGGGUCGCUGGUGCCCUCGUCGUCCGCGUCCUCGGACUCGGGAGAGGUGCAACAGGCGUCGAACCUCGACCUGCCGCUCGUGAGGAUCCACUCCGAGUGCUACACGGGCGAGACGGUGUGGUCGGCGCGCUGCGACUGCGGCGAGCAGCUCGACGAGGCCGCGCGCCUGAUGGCCGACCCACGGCUGUCGCCCACCGGCGGCGCGAUCAUCUACCUCCGGCAGGAGGGCCGUGGCAUCGGGCUCGGCGAGAAGCUCAAGGCAUACAACCUCCAGGACCUCGGCAACGACACCUACGAGGCGAACAUCAUGUUGAGGCAUCCGGCCGAUGCGCGUAGCUACGGCCUCGCGACCGCGAUGCUCAUGGAUCUGGGGCUCGAGGGCGAGGCGGGGAUCAGGUUGCUGACGAACAAUCCAGAUAAGGUCAGGGCGGUGGAGGGGCCGAAUAGGGAGGUCGUGGUUAGGGAGAGAGUUGCUAUGGUGCCGUUGGCUUGGAAGACGGGUGGCAAGCAGGGAAUCAAUAGCGAAGAGGUGGAGAAGUAUUUGUCGACAAAGAUCGAGAAGUUCAAGCAUAUGCUGAGCAGUCAGAGGUAG